AUGAUAUAAAUUCCUUAUGCAAAUCAACAAGUAUCAUAGAUUAAAAUUGCUGAAAGCUAAAUAACUAAUAUCGACAAGAAUAUCAUAAGAGUAUUACAACUAUUCUCUAUUACUGGAUAGUUGGAUAUGGAUAUUGAAAAUAUAAGUAAUUAAGAUCUUAAUCCAAGGACUUGAAUUAUCAGAAAACUCUAAUUUUUAUCCAGAAGCAUUAUUUACAUAUCUUAAAACUUUCACUUCAAAUACCCUACAAAACUCAAAUCAAUAAAAAUAAAAAUUUUUCGAUUUCUCAGUAAAUUAAAAAUAUGUAUUUAGGAUCUUUAAUCUUCAGCCCCUUUAGUAAUUAAUAUAAUUAAUAGUUCAAAAGACGGAAUCAUCCAAUUUCAAAACUUAAUAUCAUUUUUGAACGAACUUUCUUAAUCACCAAUAAAUAUUAACUAAAUUAGAUGCUUAGAAAGAAUUUAUCAUGUUAAUUAAUAUGCAUUUUAAUAAGAUUAAGCAAUAGAUUCACUUAAUAAUGAAUACCCUUUACCAUAAGAUGUUGCUCCAAUUUCUAAAAAUAAAUAACCUUAGAUCUAGGGUACAACAAAAGUACCAUUAGCUAAAUAAGAAAGUCAAGAAAAAGUGAAUUCCGGAGAAGGAUUUAAUUAUACCACUUUCAAAAAACUUAUAUUAUCAUAAUCAAUUCCUUUAGCUAAAUAAAAAGCUUAAAAGAGAAAAUUAAUAUACGAAACCAAUUAAUAGUAAAAAGUCCAUGUUGAUGUCUUAAGAUAGUUUGCCAAGUUGUUAUAAUAUGAAUUAGAAUUACUCGAUAAAUCUGAAUAAAUUCGAUUGCAAUUAAAUACUGAUAAAGGUUUUAAUCAUGUUGGAAUGUUUAAUAUCCUGGAUGUUCAUGGUAAUGGAGAAAUUGAAUUUAACUUUAUUGAAUAAUUGAUGAAUAAAGCAUAAAUUCCAUUCAAACCACAAGCUUUUAAAGCUUUAGUUAGAAGAACUAACUUAUUGAGUAAUUGUAAUUCUCUAUCUGAAUGUUUGGUUUUUGAAGGCUUCCGAUUAUUGACAUCAGUUUAAAAUCCUUAUUUUAAAAUUCCAAAACCAGAAAUUGAAACUCUGCCAUCAAAUAUAGAAUAUUCAAGGAUUCUUGGUACAGAAGUAACAGGUCAAAAUUCUUCGUAAUUAUCAAUCUCAAGAAUUCCUGACAAACUAAAAAAUUCAACCCAAAAUUAUAGAUCAAAGCCUAUCAUACCCUUAUAUAAUAGUAGCAAUCCUUAUGUAAAUGAGACGUUAAAAAAACAAAGUAAAAUUUAAGACAGCUAAAAAUAAAAUUAUGAUACAUUGUAGAAUGAUUAUGUAAUAGAAAAUUAUUAAAUAUUAGAUUGUGUAUGGAACAAAAAGAGAAUGGGAGGAAUUGCAACAUUCAAUGAAUUCAGGUGUACUUAUAGAUACUCAAUCAUUAAAAUCAUAAAUUCAAAGAAUUCAAAAUUCCUAAAUAAAUUUCUAAUCAAAUGGUUCAAACAGCAAAGCUCAUACUUAAGUAGAGAAAACUGAAAUAUAAUAAAUAUAAUAACAAGCUCUUGAGGAAGAUUUAGAUAGAAGAAGAAAUGAAGAAUUGUCAAAGUAAUUAUAACAUGCUAUGAAUGCAAAUACAAAAGGAUAUUAUUCUAACCUUGUAAAAAUUGAAAGGGAGAAAAAAGAAUCUGAAGAUAUUAAUUAAUUUGUUGUGUAAGCUCCUUGGUAUCAAAAUGAUACAAAAAUCAAUAAAAAUGUCAAUUUAAUUAAAUAAUAACAAGAAUAAAUCCAUAAAUUUUCAGGCCUAAAUUAACCUAGCACUUCAAUAAAUUAAAGUUAGCAAAAUUUAUAAAACAAUAAUUCCUCUAAGUUACCACCUAAAGUACCAAAAAAGGAAGGAGCCUAAUCAAAUAUUUAACCUCUAUAACAAUAAUAAAAUAACAAUUAAGAAUAACCUGCAUAAUCUUAGAUAGUAUCUUAACAAGAUGUUUCUCCUAUAAAAUCAAGAAUUUUUUCAUCAUAAAAAUAAAAUCCUUUAAUAUAUUAAGAUAAUUUACAAUAAAAAAUUAUGGAUUAUAAAUGCGAUAUCCCAACUAGAUAAUUUGAUUAUUAAAACUGA